ACUGUCAUUUCCCGCCCGCCACAGCUGCAGUCGCAGGACACCAUUUCCAUGUCUGCCUCGCCGGCAGGCAUGGAGUGAGCGGGGUCGCACGUGGCAGUGGACGGCGCGCCGGGGCCGCACGUGGGAGUGGACGGCGCGCCGGGUCGAGGUGGCUACAGGGACAGCAUGGAGCCUUCCACCGCUUGCUCCUGCAGCUGCGCCUGCUUCUGCAGCUGCCCCUGCUCCCCGCUGGGGGUGGAGGCGGGGAAGCCGGUGCGGCACAUGGCCGCGCUGGUGCUGGCCCGGGGCGGCAGCAAAGGGAUCCCGCUGAAGAACAUCAAACCGCUGGCCGGCCUGCCCCUCCUGGGCUGGGUGCUGCGGGCUACUGUCGACGCCAAGGUCUUUCAGAGUGUGUGGGUUUCCACAGAUCAUGAUGAAAUUGAGAAUGUAGCAAAGCAGUUUGGUGCCAAAGUUCAUCGCAGAAGUUCUGAAGUAUCUAAAGACUCUUCUAGCUCUCUGGAAACCAUAGCAGAGUUUCUUCGUCAUCAUCCAGAGAUUGAUAUCGUAGGAAAUAUUCAAGCAACUUCUCCCUGUUUACAUCCCACUCAUCUCAUAAAAGUGGCAAGAAUGAUUCAAAAGGAAGGCUAUGAGUCUGUCUUUUCUGUUGUGAAACGAUAUCAGUUUAGAUGGCAUAAGAAUAAAAACGGAGUUUUGGAACCUGACAACGUGAAUCCAGCAAAGCGCUGCCGGCGGCAGGAUUGGUCAGGAGAGCUAUAUGAAAAUGGGUCAUUCUACUUUGCUACAAGACAAAUAAUUGAGAGUGGCUGCUUGCAGGCUGGGAAAAUGGACUACUUUGAAAUGGGUGCCGAGCUCAGUGUGGACAUAGAUGUCGACAUCGAUUGGCCUAUUGCGGAACAGAGAGUGAUGAGAUAUGGCUAUUUUGGUAAAGAGGCUCUACACAAGGUGAAAUGGCUGGUUUGCGUUGUUGAUGGAUGCCUCACAGAUGGCCACAUUUAUUUGUCGGAAGAUCAGAAAGAAAUGAUUUCUUAUAACUUUAAAGAUGCUGUUGGGAUCAAGUUACUACGGGAAAGAGGAGUUAAGGUACUGCUGAUCUCUGAAAGGAACUGUUCAAAAACACUCUCAGCUAUGAAGUUGAACUGUGACGUGGAAGUCAGUGUGAAGAAUAAACUUCAAGUUGUUGAAGACUGGAGGAAAAAAAAGUGUUUGUGCUGGAAAGAAGUGGCUUAUUUAGGAAAUGAAGAGUCCGAUGUGGAGUGCUUGAAGAAAGCUGGCAUAAGUGGUGUUCCAGCGGAUGCUUGCACAGCUGCACAACAUGCUGUUGGCUUUAUCUGUAAAUGCAGUGGUGGUCGGGGUGCCAUCCGUGAAUUUGCAGAACACAUACUUCUGCUAACAGAGAGAAGUGAAUUCAGCAGGAAAGAAAAUGAGGAACUAAUAAAAAAACAAUGAAGUUUCCCUGUCACCCCCUCCCCAAGCUUUAUUCCUAACAAUGACCUGCCUUUUUGCUUAACAUUUCAUUAGAGUUACCUUGUUGAAAUUGGGUUCCUGUACUGGUUAAGUGCUUAAGAAUAUUUAAGUGAAUAAUUAUUUUAAAAGCCCUUUCAGUCAGGUCUGGGAUUUUUUUAACCAACUUGUCAUUUAUUCUGCAAGAAAAAGUUCUUACAUUUUUUUUUUUACUAUCCAAAUAUAGGGGAGCAGUGAUUCUUUAACUGUUGGGUUUUAUAAUUGAAGAUAGGGCUUUUUCAUUCUUUAUUGACUGCACACAAUUUUCAACCAUUUUGUAUUAAAUACCAUAAUAAUGUCAACUGUGCAUGAUAGAUGAAUGUUUUUAUCCUCCCCUUCUCUUUCCCAGCAUGUGCAGAAAUCUUGGCUGUUAGAAAUGAAUUUAAUAAAAUAAGGCCAAUUUCCUAGAUUUUAAUAGUGCACACUUACUGUAAAAUGGGUUAAUAUUUAUCUUAUAAGCAGCUUGUACAUUGCAGACUUAAUAUAGUAGGGGUGUGCGAAGCGGGCAGCAUUUGAUUCGGAUUCGGCCCGAUUCAGGGGACAGUGAUUUUGUUCACUGAUGUGUAUUGCUGUUCCGAUUUGAUUUGGCUGAAUCUGAAGAUUUGAUUCUGAUUUGGAGAAUCAGUGAUUCAGCCCUAGACACAACUUUAUAUGUUUUUCUAUGUACCUCAAGAUACCAGGUAUGGCUGGUGAAUGCUGAGAUGGUGGGGUGGAUGGAGCAUCACACGGGAGCGUGGGGGUGUUCCCAGCGCGCUUGGUAGCAGAACUGGAAGUGGACCGGAAGUUUUUCUGGUCCACUUCUGGGUCCACCACCAAGCGUGCAGGGGAUCCCCCUGCACCCUCCUCUGGCUCGGUGAUAAGUGCCCCCCCAGACCCAGGAGACACCAGUUGCCGAGCCUGGGGGCAGGGGAUUCCCCUGUGUGCUCCUCGGCGGACCUGGAAGUGGACCAGAAGUAAUUCUGGUCCACUUCUGGGUCUGCUGCUGAACGUGUGGGGAAUCUUUCCCCCAUGCUCCCAUGGGAAGCUCCAUCUGCCUCGCCAUCUCAGCGUUCAUGAGCCGUGCCUGGUACUUUGAGGUACAUAGCAAAAACAUACACAGCUGUGUCUAUGGCUGAAUCAUCAAAUCUUCCUGAAUCGAAUCAGAGGCUUCUGAUUUGAUUUGGAGAGGGUAAUGGGUGUCAUGAUUCGAUUCAGAUUUGGAGAUUCAGCCGGCGAAUUGGGCCGAAUCUCCUCUGAAUUGAAUCAGCGACCAAAGCUUUUCACAGCCCUAUAAUGUAAGUGUUUUGAUGUCCACACCUGAACUCACUGGAAUCUUAUGUAGCACUCAUGCAUAUCAGAUGAGUAAAGGCACAACUUACGUUUUGCACACUUACAUGAAUCCAUGAGUUUGAAAAAUAAUGCUUUAUAUAGAGUGUGCCUAUUUCAUUGUUUUGGGGCCCCAUCCAAGAUACAAAUUGGUCUUGGUUUCUGCAGAAUACCAUUGGGAGUUAAUGCUCUUCACCUGCUGGCUCUACUCUAACAAAAGCCCUUAAGCACAUUCUUAAUUUUAAGCAUAGGAGUAGAUCUGUUGAUUUCAGGAGUGUGUUCAGGAGUGCUUUACUGAAUCUGGGGUUAAAUGUGUUAUUAAUAGGAAUGGUUGGAACACUGUCCUGACAAAAACUCUAUAUAACAGUUUUUUUUACUGAAGAAACAUAACUGCCAGACAGAUGAACAGAUCUUUCAUAUAUGACUUUGAUUACAUGAAUGUAAAUAGUGGGGAAAACUAUUGUUAUGCAAGUAUUUGUAUAUAUGCUGGCAUGAUUCUGGCUAUUUUUAUUAUAUUAAUUUAAGGUUGAUUUAUAAAUAGAUUUCUCUCUUUUGCCUUUGAAAAUGUCUUGAUAAUAGAGACAUACCUCAAUGAAUGUAUAAAUGGUAGCAAAGUGCAGAUCUAUUUCCUAUCAUUUAUCUGUGGUUCAAAUUCAACCCUUUGUUAUGCUAAAAAAAACCAACCCUAUUAACUUGAAUACAAGAAGAGUGUGGGUGUAAUGAAAGAUCCUGUAAGACUGAUAAUUACUGUUCAUAUAACUCUUAUAUAUAAAAAUUGCAUCUAAAAAUUAUAGUUGUGGAAAUUUUGGAGUCUGCCAUUGGUGGCUUGGUCAUCUCAUUUCAGCCAAAAGGGCACUCCUUAUAUGUUAUACUAUUCUCUAUUAUUGACUUUUUGUGUUAAAAAUGUACAUAGUUUAAAGCUAUGAUUUCCUCAUCAGCUUGGUGCUGGUAUAGGAUUUAUUAUGAACGGUUUGUUGAUGGCACUUAUUCAGAGUUUAUUAUUGAAGCAUUCCCUUUUUUAGAAAUUCCUUGCAUAUGGUUCUGCAGAGGACUUUGCCAAGAGGUACAAGAAAGCCGGCCACGUUUUGUAAUAAACAACUGACCUUGAUAACGUGUCUCUAACUCAUAAAUGGUAAAACUGCUGUAGUUUUAUCAUGAUGACUGAUUCAGUAAAAUAAGAUAAUGCAUUAACUGAACUUGCCACAUGCUUUAUUACCUUGCUGAGUCAUGACCCUAUGUGCUCAUGUUUCAAGAAAUGUCUGUAAUGGUUAGAUAGUUUACAGCAGGGCCACUAUACUGAACUUCAUUCUCUUUCUGUCAUUAUCUGAGGUGGCAAAAUUAACAAUUUAAUUAACAUUAGUACCUCAGUGAGGAUUUGCAGCAUCUAGCACACUUGAGUGAGGAGCUGUCUCAGGUAGUCAAGUGUUUGGCAUAGUACAGGGUUUUUUGGGGGGAGGGAGGGAGGGAGGGAGGGAGGGAGGGAGUGCUUAGGCAACAAACUCUGGACUGCUGAAGGUAUUCCCAUGCUUUUGUCAUUUUAGAUCUUUCAAAAAUGUUUAAUUAAUUCCUUUAAUUCCUUACAUGUGUACACACACAUAACGCCAAAGCAACAUUGCAGAGAGAAUGAGUUGCUUUUUUCUUUUGUCAAAUGGUUAGACAGCAAUGAAACAUAAAUUCUUAUAUAUGCCAAAAAUUGUUACGUUCUUUUAUAAGGAUACCUUAAUAUGAGCAUUUUGUAUGGGGCAUCUACAAGGAUGGAAUGGCAAGGGUUCUCAGAGAACUUGUAGGAAUAAUUUUAAGAAAGUUUUGUGGCUGCUUGAGUGUCUGAUUUCAGCGCUGAGCUUUCAAAUACAGAAGAGACAUGCUUAGAGUCACUGGGACUACACACAGGCACAGGCAUAAGUCUGCAGGAUCUGGACUUUAGAUGGCCUGGGUUUAAAUCCCUAACCUGCUACAGACUCCCUUUGUGACCAUAGGCAAAUUCACAGAGACUUCAGCAUCAUGAUGGUGUGUAUUCUUAUACCUAAUCUUCAGGGAUCCUGGCCUCUAAUGGAAUCCCUCCCUACACCUGUGUUAAAGGCCCCAACUCCCUCUAUAAUGUGUGAGAACAGCUAGUACCUCAGUGAGGAUUCACAGCAUCUAGCACACUGAGUGAGGAGCUGUCUCAAGCAGUUAAAAGUGUCUCACAUAGUAUAGUUUUUCUUUUUUGGGGGGAGGUGGGUCUUAGGCACCAAACUCUGGGCUGAUGAACGUGUUUCCAUGCUUUUAAGAUUCAUGGCCCUCAACCCUCUUUUGGAGGUAGGUGACUAAGCCACUUCCAUUAAAAGUUAAGGAGUGGACUACUUUUCUUUUUAAAAUGGAUAGGAGAAAGAGGAGGAGGUGGUGAUGGUAAUCAUGGAGGUACUCAUACAAUAGCCAUAGAGCUAUAGUAGUUUCUUAGAAUGCAGGAGGGUAAAUGCAAUAUGGAAAGUUAAAAUAUUGUCAUGACAAAUAGUUAUAGAGCUCAGGGGCUUUCGAGCAGUGGUGUAAAAAAUAUGCCAUAUAGGGGUCAGGAAUUCAGGGGCACGGCAAGCAGGGGGUGGUGCUUGCCACCAAAUUCCGAGCCCUACUGGGGCAUACCAAGCCCCACUGGGGAUGCAUAUGAGAAGCAAGUAGAAGGUAUAUUAAUCCCCACAGUUCAGGAGUAUGUAGCGAUUAACAGUGCUGCUGCUGUUCACCCUGUUCCUGGUGGUGGGUCCAGAUCCACCUACUAGCUCCUUGUGGUCUAGAUCCAGCCUUUGAUGAGCCCCAUGGUCCCAAUCCAGCCCAGGGAGACAAAGGAGUUUGACACUGCUGCUUUAGAUCCUGGAAUAAGACUGGCACAGAAUUAAGGCCAGGCAAGCCAUAUCGGUUUUAUUCCCUCAUUCCCCUGAGGAGAGGGUUUAUGCCCCUGUCUCCCUAACCAGCAGGCCAUAGGUUAUUUAUUCCCCCCCACCCCUCUGUUUGAAACUUCUACUUUUGAAAAAAAGAAUUGUACAUUUAUUGGGCAAGGGCAAGGGAAUAGGAAUAUAACUAGCACUUACCUGGCUUGUGACCCCUGCUCCAAAGACCUAAUGCAUUUUACUAAAUGCCAAUAAAAUAAAACAGGGUUGCUGUGAGGAUAAGUACUUUGAAGAUUAUGGUACAUUCAGACAUUCUUCUAUCUUUUCCCUUCCCAUAGUAAGAUGAUAUAUUUUGCAUGGCUAUUGGACUUGAGCGGAGGGGGAGAAUUUCAGCAGGUAUCUUUUAUCAUGGACAUUGCCCAAGGUUUUUAUUGUAAAGUUUCUUUAGGUAAUGAGCUAAAACAGUGUUUAAAGAAUCUUGGAUAAGGUGGACUUUUUUCAAGGUUCAAAUUGAAAUAAAGGAUAAGAAACCUUA